AUGCGACCCGGGACCGCGCGCCUACUCCUCUUGCUCCUGGCGCUGACGCAGCUGCUGAAUGUGGUCUGCGCGCAGGAACCGAGCGCAGAGUCGUUUGGCUUAGAGGAUGCCAUCGAGGGAGAGGACACAGAGGAUGAGGAGGAUGAGGAAGACACCUCGGAAGUAAAGGAGGAGAAUGGUGUCGUGCUCCUGAGCGACUCAAACUUCGACAGCUUUGUGGCCGACAAGGACACGGUGCUGCUGGAGUUCUACGCGCCCUGGUGUGGACACUGUAAACAGUUUGCUCCGGAAUAUGAAAAAAUUGCCGAGACGCUGAGAGGCGAUGAUCCCCCCAUCCCUGUGGCUAAGAUUGACGCCACGGCUGCCGUAACGCUAGCUGGCAGGUUUGACGUGAGCGGCUACCCCACCAUCAAGAUCCUCAAGAAGGGGCAGGCCGUCGACUAUGAGGGCACCAGGACCCAGGCAGAAAUUGUUGCCAAGGUUAGAGAGGUGGCCCAGCCCACAUGGACGCCCCCACCUGAGGCCACACUGGUGCUGACUGCAGAGAACUUUGACUCAGUUGUGGGCGAGGCGGACAUCAUCCUGGUAGAGUUCUACGCCCCAUGGUGUGGUCACUGCAAGAAACUGGCCCCUGAGUAUGAGAAGGCGGCCAAGGAGCUCAGCCGGCGCUCACCCCCGAUUCCCCUGGCCAAAGUCGAUGCCACAGCAGAGACGGACCUGGCCCAACGGUUCGGUGUCUCCGGCUACCCCACGCUGAAGAUCUUCCGCCGAGGGAAGCCCUUUGACUACAAUGGCCCAAGGGAAAAAUAUGGCAUAGUGGACUACAUGGUGGAGCAGGCAGGCCCUCCCUCUAAGGCAGUUGUGGGGCUGAAGCAGGUGCAGGAGUUCCUGAAGGAUGGAGAUGAUGUCAUCAUCAUAGGAGUCUUCCAGGGGGAGAAUGACCCAGCCUACCAGCAGUACCAGGAAGCUGCCAACAGCCUUCGGGAGGAUUACCGAUUCCACCACACCUUCAGCACUGAGGUCGCCAAGUUCUUGAAGGUUGCCUCGGGGACACUGCUGGUGAUGCAGCCCGAGAGGUUCCAGUCCCGCUUUGAACCCAAGAGCCAUGCGAUAGCCAUUGAGGGCUCCACAGAGGCCUCUGCCAUCAGGGAUCACGUGGUACAGCACACCCUGCCGCUGGUCGGCCACCGCAGGGCUGCCACCGAGGCCAAGCGCUACACCCGGCGCCCCCUGGUGGUGGUUUACUUCAGCGUGGACUUCAGUUUUGACUACAGAGCUUCCACACAGUUCUGGAGGAACAAAGUCCUGGAGGUAGCCAAGGAUUUCCCUGAGUACACAUUCGCCAUCGCUGACGAGGAGGACUAUGCCUCAGAGGUGAAGGAUCUGGGGCUGGGCGAGAGCGGGGAGGAUGUCAACGCGGCUGUGCUGGACGAGGGCGGGCGGAAGUUUGCCAUGGAGCCCACGGACUUUGAUGUCGAUGCCCUGCGUGAAUUUGUGAUGGCCUUCAAGAAGGGAAAACUGAAGCCAGUCAUUAAGUCACAACCAGUGCCCAAGAACAACAAGGGGCCAGUCAAGGUUGUGGUGGGGAAGACCUUCAAGGACAUUGUGCUGGACCCCAGCCAGGACGUACUCAUUGAGUUCUACGCCCCGUGGUGUGGGCACUGCAAACAGCUGGAACCCGUGUACGCUGCGCUGGGCAAGAAGUACCGCAGUCACAAGGGCCUGGUCAUCGCCAAGAUGGAUGCCACAGCCAACGAGGCCACCAGUGACCGCUACAAAGUCGACGGCUUUCCCACCAUCUACUUUGCACCCAGAGGGGACAAGCAGAACCCCAUCAAGUUCGAAGGUGCCAACAGGGACCUGGAGCACCUGAGCCAGUUCAUCGACGAGCAUGCCAGGUGGCCGGGCCAGGCCAAGGAGGAGCUCUGA